CGCGAGUUUAAAUGGUCUUCCAUCCGCUCCGUGCGGAUUUACGAGAAGACAUGCAGGCAUCAAAGAAGACCUAAGAGCAGGCAGUAGACAGUGAAGCAACAGCCCAGCUAUGUUCAGAGCAGUGUUUGGAAACAAGAGAGAGGGAGGAGGAAAACGAGGAGAGAAAACUAAACAGAGACACCCAGGUAGUGAGGUGUACGCUCACAGCGCCUUGCAGAGGGGUAGUGGCGGCCGUGCCGCAUGCCUCCAGGACCACGACAGCGGCUACACUGAAAGGCGAGGGAAACUGAGGAGGCUGACCAAAGGCGCGUCCAUUUCUCUGCCCUCCUCCCCUCUUCUGCCUCGCCAGGCCGAUAUAGUUCCCUCCCAGUCGUGCAUCAAGUUUACAGGACGGGUAAGGGAGCUGGAGGAUGUGUAUGGCUUUCCCAACGCGAGAGAACCUCUCGUCUUUGCCUCGUGCCGUGGCAGGACAGACUGCAGAGACCUCCACGUGGAGCCUCAGCCGGGCUCCUCCCUUUCUACCCAGGAACUGAUGACCAGACUAUGCUUUUUAUUGGGAGAAGCAACGCCUGGCACUGCUAGCUCUCCAAUGGAGGACAGGAGGGAAAAGAAGUGUGAUACCUCUGCCCAGGGGGAGAGUCCCAGCUCCACUCUCACCUGCAGCACUGCCUCCCCCUGUUCAGAGAGCCCCUCCUCCACCCUGAGCACCAGUGUUGGAGGCCAGCCUUUGCCCCAGCCGUUGCCCAUAACUUCACCCCACUGCAGCUCCAGCACCAGCCCCAGUGGAACCCUCUCCGACACGGUACCCAGCUCUGCCCCUUGUCCGGCUCCUGGACCCAUCAGUCCCGGGCCUCCUUCUCAAAGCCCCACCUCCACCCUGGGGAGCAAGGACAGUGGAAUCAUAGCAACCACCACUAGCUCUUCUGAGAAUGAGGAGCGCAGCGCCUCCAGUGAGGUUCUGACUAAGGAUGAAGGCCCGGGGGGCGGUGCUGGUGUAAUGGGCUAUGCAGGUGGGGACCGCCAACCCGGACCAACCAGGGACACUCUGACCACCCAACCAGAUGAGGCCUUACCUAGAACUGACAUCAUGGAGCCCAGGACUCCACCAGCACCGAAAAGACCCCUCCCACUGCACCACAUACACAUCACUUCCUCCCUUGCGAUGCCCCGUCCCAAUUCAGUGGCAGCAACCAGCUCCACUCGAUUGGAGGAUUUGAGUUAUCUGGACAACCAAAGGGCUGCUGGACACAGGAGCUCCGUCCGCAAACACAACACCGCUGGACGCACAAGUGAUGACUCCAAAGGGAGAUUUGUGCCAUUCAAGCAAGCUGACAUCAUGCUUAAACCGCUGCUGUUUGAAGUCCCCGGCAUCACCGCAGAGACACCUUUUGUCGGCCGGGAUUGGCUCUUCACGCGUCUGGAGGAGGUCCUUAGAAAAACAAGCAGCUGCGACGGCCGCGGUGCUGUGAUUGUGGGUAACGCAGGAUCCGGCAAGACUGCUGUCAUGUGGCGGCUGCUGACACUCAGCUGUCAUGGCAUGCGCACGCCACAGGGAGGUCACAGCAUCCCUCGCAGCCCCAGCUCCUCCCCUAAAUGUGGGGAUAAGCAGGGAAAAGCAGCUUCCAAACAGCCUGCUGACUCCCAGCCCAACCAGAAUGCUGCUGCAGGAACAAGCGAUGGUACAGCACAGAGGAAGGAGGCUGUCAGAUGCCUAGCUGCCAAGGUGGUAGCCUACCAUUUCUGUCAGGCUGACAAUACCUACACCUGCCUGGUGCCAGAGUUUGUGCACAGUGUUGCCGCCCUGUUGGCCAGAGCGCCACAGCUCGCCCCGUACAGGGAGCUGCUGGUACAAGAGCCUCAGCUACAAAACACACUCAGCCUGCGAUCCUGCGUUCAAGACCCCAUCGCUGCCUUCCGAAAGGGUAUCCUGGAGCCCAUAGCCAGCCUGCGCAAGGAACGAAGGCUACCUGAAGAAGACUACAUCAUAUUGGUUGACAGUCUUAAUGAGGCAGAAUUCCAUAAACCAGACUAUGGGGACACCAUCGCCACUUUCAUCACCAAAAUAAUCUCCAAAUUUCCUCUCUGGCUGAAGUUGGUGGUCACAGUCAGGACGGGCCUGGUGGAAAUCACGACACUCCUUCCCUUCUCUGGCAUCUCUCUGGACAUCCUGCCAGACAGCAGCGAUCUUGGAGCCGACCUGAGUGACUACAUCCAUCACCGGGUCAGCAGCAGCAGCCAGGUCGCCGCCAACGUCACCACGCCGACAGGCUCGGCCCCUGAUCAGCUGCUUCUCAGCAAGUUCAGCAGCCAUCUGUCAACACGGAGCCAUGGCUCCAUCCUCUACCUUCAGCUGACCCUGGAUCUGUUCCACAAGGGGCACCUGGCUCUGAAAGGAGGAAACUACCUGGUGGUGCCUGUGUCCCUGUCAGAGGUGUACCUGCUGAUGUGUCGCGUGAGUCUUCCGGAUAAAGAGGCCUUUGAACGGGUGCUUCCGGUGCUCAAUGUGGCACUGGCGUCUCUGCACCCACUGACUGAUGAACAAAUGUUCAGGGCGCUGAAUGCAGGCAGUGUGAGGGGGGAGCUGGAGUGGAAGGACUUCCUGCUGAGAUUAGACAGCCUGGCUGGAUUCAUGGUGAGACGCAGGGAUGGCACACGGAUGCUGUGUCAUCCCUCCUUCAGAGAGUGGCUGGUUUGGAGAGCAGAUGGAGAGAGCAGUGACUUUAUCUGUGAGCCAAGGAGUGGCCACGCUCUCCUGGCCUUCAUGUUCUCCAGACAGGAGGGCAAGUUGAACCGGCAGCAGACUAUGGAACUGGGACACCACAUCCUCAAGGCUCACAUAUUCAAGGGUCUGAGUAAGAAGACAGGUGUGUCCUCCAGCGUUCUUCAGGCAAUGUGGGUGAACUGCAGCACAGACAGUCUGUCCGCUGCACUGGCCUCCUUGAGGAACCUAUACACGCCUAACAUCAAGGUAAGUCGUCUGUUGAUGCUGGGUGGAGCUAGUGUGACCUGGUGUACAGAGGUGGUAGGACAUGCCCCCAUUCUGGCCGUCCACGCACACUUGGGGCAUGUGGAGAUGGUAGCCCUGCUGCUAGAAAUGGGUUCACCCGUAGAUAGGACCACUGACAGCGGCAUGACGCCCCUCUGUCUGGCCGCCGCCGCAGGACACAUCGACAUCGUCAGCCUGCUCUGCAAGAAAGGGGCCAAGGUGGGCCAUGCUGAUAAGAGUAGCCAGUGUGCGCUGGUCCAUGCUGCUCUGAAAGGCCAUGCUGAAAUCAUCAACAUCUUGCUGGGCCAAGAUUGGGGAGCAGAGAUCCCCACUGACCCACAGCAGCACCACAGCAAUGAGACUGUGACUGGGAAAGCACAGGCAGCACAGCAGGCACUUACAGCCACAGCUAGUGUGGGACACACACAGGUGGUGAAGAGCUUGCUGGACUUGAAAGAUGAACAGCUGGCAGUGCAGAUGGACGCUCACGACUCUCUCUGGGGAGAAACGGUGCUGAGCGCGGCAGCAGGAAGAGGGAGGACGGAGGUGUGCGCGUUCCUGCUGGAGCGGGGGGCAGGGCUGGAGAUACCCAACCGCAGGGGGAUGGCCCCGCUGCUUACUGCCACCAAGCACGGGCACACACAGAUCGUAGAGUUGCUGCUGAAGCAAGACGCAGAUAUCAACGUCAGUGAGAAGCAGGGUCGCACUGCACUGAUGCUGGCAGCCUCCGAGGGCCACGUGAGCACUGUUGAACUCCUGCUGACAAAGGGUGCCUCUCUGUCCUCUGCUGAUCAGGAGGGGCUGACUGCACUUAGCUGGGCUUGUCUGAAGGGCCAGAAAGAUGUGGUGCAGCUUCUGGCAGAGGCCGGCGCAGACCUGAACCAACCGGACAGACAGGGAAGGACUCCUCUUGACCUCGCUGCCCUCGCUGGGGAUGCAGAUACAGUGCAUUGCCUGGUGGAACUUGGAGCGGUGCUGGAGAGAGGCGACAACAACAGUACCAGAGGUUCAGACCGGCCGACUGGCUGCCAGAACCCGGCUCUGGUGGCCUCGCUGCUUAAGAAAGGAUCCAAGAUGGGCUACAAAACGGCUCCGCACGAUCGAUCAGGUCACGCUACGUGGGCUAUGGCUUCUUCCAAACCAGACAUUCUCCUCAUCCUGCUGCAGAAGCUGAUGGAGGAGGGGAACAUGCUUUACAAGAAGGGACGAAUGAAGGAGGCAGGCCAGCGUUAUCAGUAUGCCCUGAGGAAGCUACCGCGUGAGGGGCAAGGAGAGGAGCUGAAAGGGUUCAAAGACCUGCGGGUCUCCCUCUAUCUAAACCUUUCCCGCUGCCGCAGGAAAUCCAAUGAUUUUGGGAUAGCUGAGGAGUUUGCAACAAAAGCCCUGGAACUCAAACCCAGGUCUUAUGAAGCCUUUUAUGCCCGAGCACGUGCCAAGAGGAGUAGCAGGCAGUUUGCUGCAGCACUGGCAGACCUCCACGAAGCAGCACGACUCUCCCCGUCCAACCGGGAGAUCCGGCGCCUGCUGGUUCGGGUAGAGGAGGAAUGCAAACAUCAUCAGAAGGCAUCCAGCAACAACAUGGCACAGGGUUACAACAGGGACCCCCACUCCCACCACCAUCAGGCCACAGAGGAGGAGGCAGACAGCUAUUCACAGGGAAGUCUAGAGAGACAAGUCCCCGCGGAGCAGACCGAUGCAGAGAAGGAGGAGGAAGAGGGAGAGGAAGCGAGCCUGCAGUGUGGGAAAAGUCCAGAAUUUUGGCCCAUGAAUCCGUACGCUCCAAACAGGACUCUCCCUGGAGGUGCGGCCUUUGUCUUAGCAGACCAAUGUUACCCUCAAGAGGAAUAUGUGCAGAACCAACUUUUUGUGGACUUGCCCGAGCCUGUUCCUGCGAUCAACAGGCAGACCCAGAACCAGGGACUCAGCAGGACUCAUCAGCACUGCCACUCCCUCCAGUCAGGGAGCAGAGUUGGGGGCAGGCCUCUCUCUCUGUGCGGCCCCUCCAGCCCUCUGCCCGGCAGACAUAUCUCCACCUCCCUGAGGCCUGCACCGCUGCUUGGUAUUGACAUCGGCCAUGGAUUAGCCAACGAACACUCUGGACACAGUCCCACUGAGCUCUAUCACCCCAUGUCCCCCAACACCUCCUCCCCACCUGGGCCUCUCCACAUGUACCAACCACGCUCCUCCAGCUUCUCCAGGGGCUCUGACAGACUCUCCACCCACUCUGUGGCUCUGGAUGGCCUGGCUCUCGCUCUGGGCUCUGGUAUGGAGGUCAGAAGGGAGGGCGGUGGAGGAGGAGGGACAGCGGGCUCAAGGGGCUCCAGCUCCAGUCAGGCCUCCAGCGGGAACCUGUCGGACGGCGGCAGGCAGCAGGUGUCGGACGGCGGCAGGCAGCAGGUGCCGGACGCCCCGUGCCCCAUCAAGAGCAGCGGUAGCUUCAAGACAAAGCCGGAGCUAAAGCCCCGGCCUUUCAUGGGAGUGAUGGACAAAUCGGUGCGAGUCCAAGGCCAGCAGACCUCUGGCCUGAGCCGACAGGGGCAGGGAGGGGGGCUGGAGAGUUUCAGUAUGUCAGUAAUGGAGUUUCAGGGGUUGAACAAUGAGUUCAAACGCGCUUCAUUCCAGGAGCAGCUCUCUGGAGGUCAGGCAAACAGCCAGCAGCAAGCUCGGGAGUUUGGAGAGCGGCUCCACCAGCGAGAGGCCAGAGGCACGGCGUCCUCCCAGCUACGCUUCCCAGACGGGCGGCACAGACAGGCGAGCUUAACGAGAGACAACCCUGCUCUGCAUAUGGCUCCCAUCAAGCCCAAGCGCUCGUUUAUAGAGUCCAACGUCUGAUUAUCAAAGCACAGACACAGGCUGUUUUCAACAAACCACGUCCCAAAUAAGGUAGCAAGGGAGACUGCUUUGAGAACAGCUCCCUUCCCUGAGCCUGUUUUGUAGAGUUAUGCUGCUGCACUGCAUUUACAAUCUAGAACCAGUGUUCAACUCAGGCUACUAUGCUUCUGCUUACGUGUCUACAGCUACACUAGUGUAUUCAAGAAAAACCAGACAUACCUUAAGUAGGGAUUUAAAAAAAAAGUAAUAUAUUGUCUCAACUUUGAAUUUAUUAUAACAAAUAUAAAAGUCAGAGAAAGCUUUGUGCACGGAAAAAAAAAAAUAUAUAUAUAUAUAUAAAAAAAAAAAAUUCAAAACUCAUGCUAUUAGUUGCUGGAUAUGACCAUUUCUAUCAUCAAGUGUCUUUUAAAAAACAUUUAUAUUUGUACGGUCUACACUAUAUUUGCAGAUUAUAUAUUUCCCUGUAGGUGGUUAUCUGUCAGCAUUACAGGCUUCAAAAGAAACUGCUUUGUGUGCUUGAGAUUCUUUUUCUUGGUACAUUUGAUAUAAAAAAGGAGCUGGACAGUUGUUCUUGUCAUAAUUUAAUAUUGAAUUGAUUGCUUCAAGAUUCACAGUAUGUUAUUUAUUUUUGCAUAGCAGAGAGCAUAUUCAUAAAACGUGUUUAUUGGUUUAUUGGGAUACAGAGAGAGAGAGAGAGAGAGAGAGAGCAUUUACACGUGCAACAAUCGAGGAAAGAAAUUCUUAAGAGACUUUGUACACCGCUGUAUGUCCAUAGUUGUCAUAUGCCCUUUUUAGAGUCAUCUAUGGAUUACAAAAUGUUACCACAUUAUUAUUGUGGUCAAAUAAAGUAUCAAUGGAGGACUACAUUUCUACAUCUACUUUUUUCACAGUGUGAUCCAUAAAAUGUUGCCUACGCUUCAGAGUGUGUACGGAUGGAUAAAAGGUUUCUUGUACAACCUAACUCAUCUAAACAGACAAUUAAUCACGCCGUCAAAAUAAACCGCUUGGAUAAAAAUGUGGACGUUGCAAAUUCUCAGUAUGGCGGAAAUAUCUUCAUUGAUGUCAUUCAUUUCAUUAAAUGCUGAAUGUUAGCUUGCAAAGGAGAGUUAAACGCUAAACUACUUUGGCCACGCACCGGUCCCACAGGGCUUGUAACAAGCAAAGGUCCUGCAAUGACAGUCUAAGGAGCACAUAUAUGUAAUGCUUACCUGCAGUUAGUGCAAAUAGUGUUUUAAGUUAGGUAACCAACAUUACUCAUUUUUAAUUGGUGUUCCUGGACCAACUGCAAAUGAACACCUCAGUAUGUAGCUUUCAGCUCACAGCUCAUUGUUUUCUGGUUAUUCAAUCAAAGAAAGGUAACAAUUAAUAUAAGGCCUCCAAAUCAAUGUUUCUUUUGUGUCAUUUUAAAGCUAUAGAAAUAUCUUUGUAAAUACAUAUAUUUCUAAAUACAACAAAUUUUAAGAUAAACUAAUUUGCCUGUUUAAGGUAAGGCUUAUCAAGAUGUUAGACUUUGUUUUUAUUUAUCUUUUCAUAAAUCAGGAGCCUACAGUGUUUACCUUUUUGUUAUUAUGUGGUUUCUAUACAGAACUCCUGUUUUUAUAUUGAUUAACAAACCAGUAAACUGGUCAUUAUCAGCCAAGACAAACCACUCACCCUAAUAGCUGAUUGAUGGAGGCAUUGACAUAUCAUCACUUUUGAUAUAGUUGAUAAGUUGAUAUAAACUUAUUAACACAUCCAGACGUGCAUGUAGCCACCUGAUGAAUCUAAUAGUCACUCUCAUUUAGCUCUGAAAUAUCUGGCUCUCAAACUGACAAAACAAUGCUCUUCAGUUUCGCUGAACAUUAUGAGAGAGUGAACCGAAACAGUAAAUGUGCAGACCAGAAAGCAAAAAUUACCUUUAAACUUGCUGUAAAACUUUGUUAUUAUAAUCAUUAUGAUUAUAGCCGCUUUAAAGUAGCGUUCUUCAGGUGGCUUAAGGUAGCACUCCCCUGGGAUGCUCAUAUCGCUCUGUAUCCACUUCAUGAAACGUUAUGGCCAUUAAAACGUAAUAAACUGAAAGUACAUUUUGACUUGUUGCUACAAUUCUGCUCCCCAGUGGUUUGAAAUAGCAGCUUUACAAAUGAAUGCAAACAAAGACGCUGCCACAGUGGGCACAUGCCUCAUUUGGAACCAAAUCAUUUGCACCCAUCCCUGAAAUGCUGUGGUUUCUGUCUACUUUAGGGAAAUAUUUGGGGGCACUGUGGGUCAAAGGUCUUUUUAGAUGCUAGUGGUUGGUCUUCCAGCGGCCAAUAGCCAUCUUCAGGGUGCGAUUAGGGGUGAGCAGAGUCGUCAGUAAAGGGAGGUUGGUCAUGGGGCUGGAGCGGUUCUUAGUCUUGAUCCAGCUAUCGAUGGCCUCUCUCUCAUACGAGUAUCCAUCUGUUGGCAAAUGUCCACAGUUUAUUCAAAGCACACAAGCAAAUCGUUUCACAAUGAAGAAACACAUGAAGUUUGGAGUCUCACGAGUUGACUCUGUGGCGUCAUUACAUGUAAAUCGUAUUAAGUGGAAAAAGAUCUGAUCUUCACUUACCGGCAGCAAUGACUGGUUCCCUCAUCAGCUCUCUGGUGAUCGGACACAAGAACUCAUCAGGAAUGCCUGAACACACUGAAUCACUCUUCAGCUCCUCCACCUUCCUCAGGAGCUUACUGCGCAGGCCUACUGACUCUAUAUACACACACACACACACACACACACACACACACACAAGAAUAAAGAAAUGAGUCAGACGAGAAAACCGACCGGUCAAGACUGUGUGUGCUCUCAUUAAAAUAGAAACCACUGGAGCCUAAAGGGGAACAAACACUAACAUAAACAAUAAUAUCAAUAUCGAGGUUCUGAGCAUCUGUUGUUCUUGCGCUUAACACUUUUCACUCUUGGAUGGCAAAUGUGAGCGUGGGUGAGAGAGAACAUGGUGGGAGCGAAUCAUGUCUGCUGACUGUCUGUCCAAUUCAAAGUUGAACACUAAGCAGGGACUCAAGCGCAUUUUCAUUUGAAUGUUGUUGUUUCGGUAACACGGUGUUGCAGAACCCGACUGCCGGAGAAAUUAGAAACCUUUAUAUAAAAUUUUGAAAAGAAUGAUCUCAUAAAAUAAAAAAAAAAGUAGAACUGCAGCUGAACACAAAGCACUUUGUAGUCUCCCUGAUAAUCUGACUGGUACGCUUUGUUUCAUUUUGUUAUGCUGCCUCUUUAGAAGAAAAGCACAUUUAUUGAUUUCACUCCCACCUUUGAAAAAAUAUGCCUGUUUCUCCGUCUUUCAUUGCAGUCGAUAAAGAUGUUGCUACUCAAGGCUGUUCUCCGAGUUAGUUCUGCUAAGAAGGUGGGAUUCACGCAACGCUACUAGAAACAGAACAAUGUGAACACAAGCUGUCACAGCACUGGAGCUGUGUAAACUGAGGAGUGAUUGACAGUCACUGUGGGAUGGAAAUGACGGCAUGGAAAUACAACAAACAUUUGCUGACAACUACAUGACAAAUACUGGCCUGGCUGGUAGACUGGCAUCCACAGCAUAGCACUCCUACUCGAGGCUUGGGGCUCCAAAUCCCCCCCCCCCCCCCCC